GCAAGCCACGCUUGGCUUGGCGUGCCUUCAGCCUAUUCCAACAAGGAUUUUGGACCAAAAUUCAUCUCUAGGUCACCCACCCCACAGUGCUGUACCCACGUCUUCCUCCUCAUCCUAAUCCCCACGCCGCUUUUCUCGGCUUUUCAUCCCCACACGCUGAUUCUCGCCAGACCGCCUCUUUCCUCUCCCCUCUCCACCUCACCGACGGCGGUGGCGGCGUCCUCGAUGGCGGAGGCGGCGCGGUGGCCUCGCUGGCGGAGGUCCUCGAGGCGGCGGCUCAGAUCUGGACGGACGGCGACGCGGCGGCACACGUGGCGGCGGCGGCGGCUCGGUCGACGACGGCAACCUCGGCGGUUGCCUCGUCGUCCUCCGCAGAUCUGGAGCGGCGCACGCGGUGGUGGUGGUGGUGGUCGUCGUCGUCGCCACCGACGCGCCGUCGUCGUCGCCGCCGACGCCGCGUCGUCGUUGCCCGCGGUGGCGCACGCCAUCCCCGCCAGCCCGACUCUCCCUCUUCCCGGCGCGCCGCCUACCCCAACGUCGAGCGGCGGCGACAUCCUCGGGACCUGGCGAAGAAGCGGCGGCGGCUGCGCAGAUUUGGAGCGUCCUCGCCGUCCUCAACGACGGCGGCGGCGCCGCGGAUCUGAAGACGUGGCGGCGGUGGCGCGUCCUCGCCCCGCCCUCCUCACCGACGGCGGCGGUGGCGUGUCCUCGCCCCACCCUCUUCACCGGCGACGGUGGCGUGGAUUGGAGCUGGCCUCGGAGUCGCGCGUUCUCGUCCUCGCAUCUCUCAUCAGUGGGCCCCGCGCUCUACUUUUUAAGCGAGGUUCUCGUUCCUUCGCUGGUAACCGAAGAAGCUAUUGAAGCUAUGGGACACACAAACUUUUUUUGCCAGCGAGGACGAAGGAACGCUCCAUGUAGACGAAGUAACGCCCACUGUGAAGGGCCUUACAAUCCCCUUUUAAAUUUUUUUUACAAUAACCUGCAGCAGAAGUUUUCCAAAUUAAAAGGCAGGAUAAUAAAUGGUUAACAAAAUUCUAGAUCGAACGAACAUCGUUUUCAUAUAAGUGGCAUCUUUUUUUUUCUUUUUACCAUUUUAAUUAAUUUAUUUAUAUAUAAAAUUUAAUUUUUCUAAUUCCGUUCCUUGCCUAUAUUAUGAUUGCCACUAAAUAGUUAAAAUCUAUAAAUAUGGAAAUUCCUAAGUGACCUGCAAAUCACUUCUGUAAAAAUGGCAUUGUUUCGGAUCAUUUCCAUCACAGUUUUUAUUACCCAUCCGUUCCAUAUUGUAAGGCUUUCUAACAUUGCUUAUAUUUAUAUUUAUGUUAAUGAAUUUAGACACAUACAUAUAGCAUUGCAAUGCUAGUUAUGGAAAAACAUUUUUAAAACUGAUAAAAAAUGGUUAAAGCAGGAACAUAAAGCAUCUGUGAGUGUUGGGUUCGGCGGUGAGCCUCCCCCAACAGUGUUGCGAACCAAAGCGAGGUUUUUUCGCGGGUCUCAGAAGGGGAAGCAGCCAAGCUUUUCCCGCGUCCCGCGACGAGGGUUUUGGGUCCGCCGCCACCCACCGCCGCCGCCGCCCGCCAGUUCGAAAGCUUGAGAGAUAGAUGGAAGGCGAGGAUGAGUCUCCUUCUCCUGGAGAGAAUGAGUUGCCUUUGUGGGGGCAUGUUAAGAUAUUGGAUGGGUUCGCUCCUCGCUGUGGAACAAACAUGAGGUUCCUAUGCGACUAUUGCAGUUGUGUCUUUCGUGGAAGCUAUUCCACAGUGAAGGCACAUUUGCUUAAAAUUUCUAAACAAGGUGUUCCAGCUUGCCCAGGAGUGACCUUCAAUAUCUUAAUGAAACUAUCCAGUGAAGUUGAUGCAGCAGAAGAUUCAAUUCUAAUCCAGGUGCGUAAAAAAAGGAAUGUAACAGAAUCUUGUAGCAGUGACUAUUCUGGUGACGAACCAGAAUCUUGUAGUAGUGACUAUUCUGGUGACGCACCGUGUAUGGGCAAAGUUAUUGUACAAGCGAAAAGAAAGAAGAGCAGAGCUGAAUGUCGAGAUAACUUCGAUGCUCAGUUUGCAAGAAUGUUCUAUUCUUCAGCAGGCUUGUCCUUCAACUCUGCAAGGGACCCAUACUUCCGGAGUUCAUUUUCUUUUAUUUUGAAGAAUAUUAUUCCUGGUUAUGUUCCUCCUGAUUGCAAAAGGUUGAAGACAACUCUUCUGCAAAAAGAAAGGGCUCGCAUUGAAGACUUACUAAAACCCAUCAAAAGCAUGUGGAGGAAGGCAGGUGUGACGAUAGUUUCUGAUGGUUGGUCAGAUAUUCGACAGCGCUCACUUGUCAACAUUCUGGCUGUCAAUGAAUGUGGACCCAUUUUUCUGCAAGCAAUUAACAAUGAAGAUGAGGUGAAUACAAAGGAGUACAUUGCAGAGAAGCUCAUUGCUGUUAUUGAAGAGGUUGGUCCAGAAAAUGUUGUCCAAGUGAUCACAGAUAAUGAUCCUGUUUGCAGAGCUGCUGGGCUGCUGAUUGAAGAAAAAUACGAUCACAUCCAAUGGAUGCCUUGUAUUGCUCAUACUUUAAGUCUUGCCUUGAAGGAUGUUUUUUCUCCUAACAAUACUGGAGAUGUUGCCUUCAAAGAUAGCCAUUGGAUUUCUGAAGUUGUAGAGGAUGCAAUUAUGAUCAAGAAUUUCAUAAUAAAUCAUACCAUGAUAUCAUCUAUACUGAGUGAGUUCAGUAAGUUGAAGAUUCUUGCUAUUUCGAACACAAGAUUCGCUUCAGAUCUUGUUAUGUUAAAGAGGUUUCGGCUGAUCAAGCAAUCUCUAAUAAUGUUGGUCAUCAGUGACAAGUGGUGGCCGGUUUACUGUAAUGAUAACAUGGAGCAAGCACAGCUUGUGAAGUACAAGCUUACUGAUAACUCGUGGUGGAAACAAGUUGAUUACAUUCUUUCUUUCACUGAGCCUAUAUAUUCGAUGAUGCGCGUGACAGACACUGAAGAGCCACGCCUUCAUCUUAUCAAUGAAAUGUGGAAUACUAUGGUCGAGAAGGUAAAGGCUGCCAUUUAUAAGCAUGAAUCAAGAGAGCCUGAAGAGGAGUCAGCAUUUUACUCUGUUGUGCAUGGCAUUCUAGAAGAUUGGUGGAGCAGGAGCAAAACUCCGCUCCAGUGUUUGGCGCACUCACUAAAUCCAAGGUAUUACAGUGACAGCUGGAUUAAUCAAGCUGCUAAUCGUCUACCCCCACAUAGAGAUGCUGAGAUUUCUCGAGUGAGGAAUAAUUGCUGGAGGAAAUUGUUUUUUACUACAGACAACUUGAGAACUGUCAAGUCAGAAUAUGGAGAGUUUGCUCUUCUGGGAACAAAACAUUUUAGCUUGAAUUCAAGAGCUGAUAGGGAUAAACUUGACCCCAAGAUGUGGUGGGCGACCCAUGGAACUUCAGCACAGGCAGUUCAGAGUUUGGCUUUCAAGCUUCUCAGCCAACCUGUUUCAUCUUCUUGCUGCCAGAGGAACUGGAGAACUUACGAUUCUAUUCGCGACAUCGUGAGGGACAAACUCCGUCCUAAAUGGGCCGAUGAUUUGGUUUUUGUGCACAACAAUUUGCGGCUUCUAUCAAGAAGAUCAGAAGAAUAUCAUACAGACCGAGAGGCAAGGUACUGGGAUGUAGGAGACGACAACUUUAAAUCAUUGGGUGGUGCUGGCAUCCUUGAGUCUGCUAACCUCUCUCUUGAUGAACCGUAGUUCGAGCUUGCCAUGAUAGAAAACAUCGUGUGAUGAAGAAAACCAAAUGGAAAUCAAGACAGAAGCUUAGCUUAGCUAAGCUACCCAUGCUUCAACUUGUCUGGCGUUUUGAACUCCCAGAUAACCCCUGUAAUCGAGUAUGUUUUGGCUAAGAACAUGCAAGACUAGAGCUAGGUAGACUUAUGGGAUGUUUGGCUGUGUAAGCUGGAUGGUGCUGUUGAUCAAUGUUGGUGGAGGGCAAUUGAACUUUCUUUACCUGGCUAAUUGGCAGCUAAUCUGCCAGAUUUUUGCAACUUGCAAGGAUGAUAUUUUUUGUCCA